AUGUCUGUGGAUAGAGAAGAAAGUGCUAAUCAUGGAUAUAGUCAAGUUCGACAGUUGAUUGAUCCCUUAAAGUCUAAUUUGCAAAAUAAUAGCAAUAGCUUUAAUGGAAAUAAUGUUAAUGGUCUAAGUAAUGCCCACAAAAAUAAUAGUGAUAUCUCGAUAUCUAAUACUAGUAUGGAUGAAUCAAGCUCUAAUCAAACUACAGUGAAUGAUUAUGAAUCUAACGGUGAUUCGAAUUCAAUUAUAUUUAAAAAUAAUCAUAGAACUAAAUUAACAAGUCAAGACGUGAGGUUAAUACUAUAUCUAACGAUCAAUAUUAAACCAUUUAAAUAUGUUGGAGAUAGAUCACUUAGCCAAACGAAAAAGUGGGAGAUAAUUCAAACAAAAUAUGCAGAGAUUAAGCGCAAAGAUUCUGAUGGAUAUCCAGAAGUAGUUGUGCCCACAGUAAGAACUUUGCAACGACAAUUAGCUACGGCUAUCAAAAAAGCUCGCCUGAGACAACAGAAUAAGAAAAGAAAAGAUAAUAAAAAUUUAGAAUCUUCGUAUUUGAUAUUAAGUACAAUUAACAAGGAAAGUUCUUUGCCUGAUUUAGAACUAGCAUUAUUAGAAUUAAAUGAUCUCAGCGAAAAGUUGAAGACUGGUAAAGGAACAAAUACUCCUGUUGCGAUUGAAUUGCCCAAUCCUAGUAUUCUACAAUCAUUUGACUUGAAUAAAUCAAUUACAUCACCAAUUGAAACUUCUCAUAUGUCAACGAACAUGCCGACUACCAUUUCUACAUCAAAUCAUACCCAAUUCGCUACCCAAUCUUCGCAUAUAUCCCCGAAAUCCAGCACUUUACUACUGAACGUUCAUGAUACUUAUAAUACGAUUCGAAAAGCCAUGAGCGAAAGUAAUACAUCCUAUUCUCUGCAAAGCUUAUAUAGCUUAUUGGGAAAAUUACUUAAAGAAUAUAAUCAGUUUCAGGCUCAGCAACAAAAGGAAAACGAGAAAAUCAUAGAAGAGAAUAUCAAACUUAUAAAGGAGCAAAAUGAGAGAUGUAAUAAAAUAAUUGAAUCGAAUAAUAAGUUUCAAAAAGAACAGAAUGAACUAAAUAAGCAGUUGAUACUAGAAGUUAUCAAUACGUUAUCUCAAGAUUCAAAUCCUUCAAUAUCAAACAAAUCUUCCCUCAAGCCUUUCCAUGAUUUAUUGUAA